AUGCUCACAAACUAUGAAGGAAUUCAGAAUUUCGAAACAAAUCCAACAAUAGAAAUGUUUCUUUCAAAGAAAGGAUACAUACAAAAGGACAUUCCAUAUUUAUAUAAGGAUGCUGACCCAUAUGAUAUUUUUGAUCUUCCACCACAAGAUGAAAUCAAAAAAUUCAUUUUAGAAGACAAAAAUCAAGAACUAUCAGAAUUCAUCGAUUCAAAUCAUAUAGACAUAUCAACAUACAAGAUCAAUAAAAUGAACCUACUUGAAUUUUCAUGUCAAAGUGGAUCAAUCAAGUGCUAUAAUUACUUGAAAACAACAAAUAUUUUCGAUAUUACCGAUCAUCUAGAAUUUUUAUCAUAUUUAAGUGAAAAUAAAGAAAUGAUAUCAGAAUUCAAGCGAAUUAAAAUGAACAGUGAAAUCAGAAUCUUUUCCAAUCGUAAGAAUCCAAAUAUUUUAAAACCAUCUUUCGAAGAAAUCAUCCGAUGUCGUAAUUACAAUUACUUACUUAAACUUACGAAAAAUCGAAUUGACAAAUUCGAUGCAAAUGGUCAAACAGCUCUUUUAGCCGCAACAAUACAAAGCGACACAUUCUUAAUUGACUAUCUUCUUGAAAAAGGUGCUAAUCCUAAUAAAAAAGUUCUGAAAAUUGAUCUAAAUCCAUUUAUACUCGCUAUUGGAAAAGAUGACGAAAUUUUGUUUGACAAAUUUGUUAAACAUAAUGCCAAAAUGAUUGAUACUCCUCUUGAAAUAUUUUGUUUCACAGGCCUAUCAAAAGUUUUAAAAUACUAUUUGGAUCAUUUCAAAAAGGAUCUUGAAAUCAAUUCAUACUUUGGCAUUGGAGAAACAUUAUUUACAAUGGCUUGUUAUGGCGGGAAGUCUAAAAGUAUCAAUGCUCCUAUUAAAGAAUCAAAAUAUUUGGAUAUUUUAGAAUAUCUCUUAAGCCGAGGUGCGGAUAUUAAUAAAUGCAAUAAAGAUGGAGCAACAGGUUUAUUCAUUGCAUGUCAAAAUGGAAAAUUUGAGAUUGUAAAGUUUUUAAUUGAAAAAGGUGCGAACGUCAAUAUCAACAUGAAAGAUUUGGCAUCUCCUUUAUAUAUUUCAUGUCAAAACGGAUAUUUCGAAAUUGUUGAAUAUCUUAUUAAUCACGAUACUGAUAUUAAUUUUCAAAAUAACCUUGGUGAAACACCUCUGUAUAUUGCAUGCUAUAAAGGUCAUAAAAACAUUGUUCAAUUACUUUUGGAAAAGAAAGCUAAAUACGAGUGUCUGACUUUUGAAAAAGAAACAUUAAUCCAUGCAGUAUCAUAUAAAGGUUUUUUUGAUAUUUUAUCAAUUUUACCAAAAGAUAUUGAUGUAAAUGCUACAAAAAUAUGCGGAACAACUGCCUUAUAUAUUGCAUGCCAAAACGGACACAAACAAAUUGUUGAAUAUCUUCUAUCAAAUAAUGCGGAUAUUAAUAUUAAAAAUGAGGAAGGUGUAACUCCUCUUUUCAUUGCAAGUCAGAAUGGACACAAAGACAUUGUUGAAAUUCUCCUUUCACGUGAUUCGGAUCCAAAUAAACCAACCAAUGGCCUAAUAACUCCUCUUUUUAUUUCUUGCCAAAACGGACAUAAAGAAAUUGUUGAAAUUCUUCUUAAACACAACGCAGAUCCAACCAUUUUAUGUAAAGAAAACAUAACUCCUCUCUACAUAGCUUGUCAAAACGGACACAAAGAAAUUGCAGAGCAGCUUCUUUUACGGAAUGUAGAUCCAAACAUUCCAUGUUGCGACAAUACAACUCCUCUCUAUAUAGCAUGCCAAAACGGAUACAAAGAAAUUGUUACAAUCCUUCUUAAUUAUCAUGCAGAUCCGAAUAUUCUGAUUGAAAAUCCUUCAGCUUAUAUUGAGAAAGAAAUUCAAAACUUAUUUUUCCCAAAGGUUGAACCUACAAGCCCAGCUUAUCCUUUGCAAGCAUUUUUCGACAGAAGGUAUGAUGUAAACGAGAAUCUUUUCUUACAUUCCAUAAUGCCAGAUUUUCCAUUUGCGCCACCAAAAAAAGAAUACUCAAUAUUUGACGAAAUUGCUCAAAAUCUUUUAUCAGAUGAGGAAGAUUCUAAUAUUAUACGUAAAGAUGUUGUCACUCCUCUAUGUAUAGCAUGCCAAUGCGACUAUAAUGAGAUUACUGAAAUUCUCCUUUCACAUGGUGCAGAUCCAAACCUUCCAAAAAUUGGUAAAAUAACACCUCUAAUAAUUGCAUGCCAAGGAGGCAACUUAGAAAUUGUUAAAAACCUUCUUUCACAUAAUGCAAAUCCAAAUAUUACUGGUGAGUUAAACGUAACUCCUCUUUAUAUGGCAUGCCAAAAUGCACAUAAGGAAAUUGUUAAGCUUCUCCUUUCCCAUAAUGCAGAUACGAAUCUUGCAACGGAAGACAACGCAACUCCUCUUUUCAUUGCAUGUCACCAUGGACAGAAUGAAAUUGUUGAGCUACUUCUUUCACAUAAUGCAGAUCCUAAUAUUUCAUAUGAAGAUGGUACAACUCCUCUAUUCUUAGCGUCCCAAAACGGAUUCAAAGAAAUCGUAGAAAACCUUCUUUCACAUAAUGCAGAUCCAAAUGUUUUACUUGAUAACAAACCAACUCCCCUCUAUGUAGCAUGUGAAAAUGGUUACAAGGAAAUUGCCGAAAUGCUUCUUUCCCAUAAUGCAGAUCCAAAUCUUUCAAAUACAGGUGCAACUCCUCUUUACAUUGCAUGCCAAAACAAACACAUAGAAAUUGCUGAUAUCCUCCUUUCACAUGGUGCAGAUCCAAAUAUUCAAUAUAAUAACAACAUGACCCCUCUAUGCUAUAUUUGCCAAUAUGGACCUAUUGAAAUUGUUAAAUCAUUAAUUAACAAUCCAAAAACAGAUAUUAAUAAGCAACAGGAAAAUGGAUAUACUCCUCUUCAUAUAGCCGUUUAUUGCAAACAAUUGGAAUUUGUUAAGAUAUUGCUUGACAAAGGAUGUGACGUAAAUAAGGCCAAUAGCAAUAAUUGCACUCCAUUGUAUACAGCAUGUUAUAAUAACUCUGUUGAUAUUGUCGAACUUUUGCUAAAGCAUAAUGCUGAUCCAAAUAUUGCAAGUAUUAGCAAGCAAACACCAUUGCAUAUUGCAAGCACUUCUGGAUAUUAUCAAAUUGUUCAGAUUCUUCUUUAUUAUAAAGCUGAUGCUUCCAUUGUUGACGAAGAUGGUCGCACACCUAUUGAUAUCGCAAAAUCAAAAGAAUUCUCAGAAAUUGCGGAAUUAUUGGAGCCAAAAAAUAAAAUAGGUAUUGAAACACCGAAAGUUUUUGAUUAA